CACCCGCGCCGCCCGCCCGCACACCAGUCCGUCUCGCUGCGACACAGCCCGCCCGCCUCGGCCGUUGCCGCGCCCGCCGCCUGCCCGUCGACGACGCUCAGCACCUCGCCCUCGGCCCCGGCGCCGGCCAGUGACAGGGCCAACCCGCCCUCGAGCAUCUCGCCGCGCCUGCACCUCAACAACCUCAGCUCCGGCGAGAGCAGCGAUGCCGCCGGCUGGUUCGACAAGACCAACAACGACAUGGGCCACGACGCCUCGUUUGUCGACAACGACCCGCCCUUUCUGCUGAACAACUCGUCGUCGUCGGACCGCACGCCGCCCGACGCCCAUCACCUGCGCAUGCCUCGCCUGCCCUACCGCCCCACCCUGGCCGACCCCGCCACCGACGGCAGCAGCACCGAAGACUUCCGCAGCGUCAUCGACGACCUCACCAUUGCCAACCGCAAGCUGAGGCAGCGGCUGCGCAAGUACGAAAAGGUCCACGACGCCCACCUGCAGGAGGAGAAGCUGUUCGAGGUGCGCUUCCACCACCUGCCCGACCACAAGAAGCGGGAGCUCGAGGAGACGCUGCGCAACUUUGCUGCCGGCCUCGACCACUCGCCCGACGCGCCCGACACGGCCUACCCCCCCGCCCGCGACCAGAAGAACGUCGCUGCCUCGUCCACCCCGCGCUUCGCCGAGUCGGGUUACGCGUCCAUGUCUGCCUCUGGCCAGAACUCGUCCACGCCCUCCAACGGCGCCUCGACCCAGGCCGCCGCCGCCACCGACACGCGCAGGAUGACCAAGUCGGCCUACAGCCGCCAGCAGCAGAACGUCCACUCGUACCUCGACGACAUCCCGCGCGGCCUGUUGCCGCAGCACGAUGCACCCAUGUCGGAAAAGGCACGGAAGAAGAUGGUUGUGCGACGACUGGAGCAGAUCUUCGCCGGCAAGCGCUCCGUGCCCGGACAGCACCCCCAGCCCAUGCAGCAAGAGGAGGUCGCCCAGUCGGCUGCCACGGCCGAUCGACGUGAGCGGGAAGCAGACGGCAGGGCAUCGAGGCCCGAGGGCCAGCGCACUGCUCUGAUCAUGCCUGAGCGCCCUGACGCCGAGGCCAAUCAACAAGACUCCAAGGCCAAUCGACAAGACUCUAAGGCCAAUCGACAAGACUCUACUGCCAAUCGACAAGACUCUACUGCCCCGCACAUUGCUGCACACCACCGCGUACACGAACAAGACCUCGCCGCCUCUGCAUCCGGAUCCGGAUCCGGAUCCGGAUCCCCUGACCAGCGGCCCACGCGACCUCUGGAUCUGGAUCCUUGCCGCGCCCAGGUCCCUGCCGCCAACAUGGACUACUUCCGCCACCUCGGAUUCUCGCCGCCAGACAUGAUCACGACCACCGAGGCACUCGCGGGACAUGGCUGGCUCUACCUCAACCUGCUCAUCAAUUUGGCUCAGCUGCACACCCUCAACGUCACGCCCGACAAUGUCAAGGACGCCAUUGCCGAGUACAGCACCCAGCUGGAGCUGUCCCCCGACGGCCGCAAGGUCCGAUGGAAGGGUGGGCAUGAUUUCUCAAAGGACAGCAGCGAUGGCUCUCCCGAGCAGACGGGCGUCAGCUCGCCCUACCAGACCACGGGCCCGCAGAGGUCGCCGCAAAAGGGCGCCACCAGCAUCGAGAGCAGCGGACGCGGCGGCUCACAACACCCAGGCCGCCAGCUCGCUCCCGCCCAGCAGCAACUCGAGACGUGCAAGUUUGCGUACAAGCCCUUGUUCUUCCGGAGGGAGAGUUCCGACGAGGACAUGGACUUGUACGACCGCACCGAGUCGGCGAGCUCGCUUUCCCAGCCCCAGCAGCGUGGCGAAUCCUCUGCGCUGGGCGGUUUCGCCGUGCAGAGCAGCUUGCCUGACAAGCGUCGCCACGACGGGCCCAUCAUCUUCUACAACAGGGUCAGAUUCUGCACCGACCUUACUGGCGACCGAGUGGGAGCGUCGCUCACUCUUCCCGAAAACUACAAGACCAUUACGAGUCACCCUCUUGGUGCUCAGCUCGACGCGCACGACAGCGAGAGAGCCGAGCUCUGGGAGUCACGAGGACCGUUGGACGAUGCCGUGACGGACUCGGAUUCAAAGGCCGGCGCUUCGACCCCAUCUUCACUCGCGAGCCUCGAUUUCUCUCCUGUCCAUCUCCAAAAGCACAUCAGUGCUGCCAGUCCACACGUGAUGGACUUUGAAGCCUCUGGCUUGGGCGGCGUGCAGCCGGACGAUAACUUCUCGGUCCGCGUGCAGCGCGCGCAGAUCCCUGCAGCACCCGCUGUUGUCCAGGACCGCCGAGCAAGCCUGUACCCCUCGAAGAUCCAAGCCAUCUUGGACGGGAGACGGGUCUCGCAAGCGAAGAGGCGCCGCUCCUGCAGCCCCAGGAAUACGAUUAGAGAGGAGAUUAUUUCCGCAGUGCGCCAGGACAUGCCGAGCUCGAUCCUGCCGCCUCCGUCCUUUUACCCCUUUGACGCGCAGUCUUCUGGCGAGCUUUCCGACGACGAGGAAUCUUCAGACGGCGAUUCAGACACGGGCGAUUCAGACACGGGCGACGGAUCGUCCACUGCGCUGCAGCUGCUCAACAUUGCUCCGCCUGCGCGACGUACACUGGCCGCCGAGCAGACAGACACGUCCUCGGAGGCAUCGCAAUACUCCGACGACGACGACGACGACUUUAGCAUCGACCUUCUGGCCACCGCGCGCCAACAGGACCCCGACACAGUCCGCGCCUUUGAACGCGAGUACGACGCCGCCGUCGCAGAACGCCUGGCCGAGGCCAUUGUCGCAGGCAGCUCUGCAGCGACCGCAGGCGGCGGCAGCGGUUUCAACAGCCCCGCAAGCCGCAUCGGCGGCAGCAGGUCCAAGCACGGCAGCCGCAGGAGCACGCGCAACGCGCAGAGCACAAACAGCGAGGCGAGCCUGUCUCCAGCAGCAAACCUGAAGCGCGCGCGCACUUGCGAGUCCAUCUCG